UCAUGACGCACAGCUGCAGCUGUACGUCAGUGUGUCCGGGCAGAAGUGCUCAGUGUCGCCCUCAAACCUUCAAAACAACUUUCUGCGGCUGUUACCGUACGGACCGCCCGCUACGAACAACGCGGUGGACGGACAGAACGGGGACGGAGACUCUACCAGCGGCGGACACGGCGGGAAAAAUCCCCCCCCUCCCCCCCCGCAGGACUGACUCUCUGACCAAUCGUAGCGUUGUGGUUCUGUUUCCUGUUUGGGGGCGGGGCUCACACUUGAAGGACUGUGAAAUGUGAAGUUAAGGGAUCAGUGGAGCUGUCACUCACACCAGGACCACACCCACACGAACCGAUCAGCAAACCGUCUGGAGGACCAUCAUGCACCUGGCGUCUUAUCCAAAGUUUGUGCACUCAGAGCUGUGUUUGGACGUGUCCAGUGUUCAGACGCGGUCCCAGCGCAGCAGUCUCUUUGUGAGCCACCAGGGGGCGUUGCUGAAGACCUGUAGCGGUAACUAUGGCAACAGCAGCCGCCUCCCGUUCAGCGUCAUCGCCACCAACGCGCUUUGUGGCGACAGCGCGGCGUCCCUGAGGCUGAAACCGUCUCGCAGCUCCUGCUUGCAAUUCCUCCUGCAGCCACCAGGUUGUGAGAAUGAUGCACUCUGUCCAACGUCCACUGAAGACACGGAUGUCCCCCUGGACAUCUGGACCGUCAUCAAGCCUGGACACGUGCGCGAGAAGAUCGCCAUCUUUGCAUCAGAGGGACAGACUGAGAGAAAGACUGGCGACUGGGACAGACCGCCGUCUGGACCACUGCGCGCCGUGAAGGCGAAGGGCAGCUGGGAGGAGAACGGUUGCGCCAAACGCCGCCGCAGGUCUGGAAGCAACCACGACCUCCAACAGGUUAGGGUUAGGGUCCACAGUCCUUCACCAGCGCGCGUGGACACAAAUCAGAGGUCAGGGGUCAGGGGGCGUGAAGGGGAGGCGGUGAUGGAGGAGGAGGAGCCAAAGGUGUCAGUGGUGGAGAUGGUGGCGUUCCUGGAGCAGAGGGCGAGCGAGCAGCAGAUAGACUGUAAACCUGCUGUCGCUCUCCGGAGAAGCUGCGCCACCAUCACGCUCUCCAGAGCUCCGCCCCCUGAGGUCAGGGAGGUGUUGGAAGCCAAGGGGGAGGAACCGGAGAGCGUCAGGGUUUCGGACAUGGUGGCGAAGCUGGAGUGGGAGUGUCUGAGGAGGCGGUCUGAGGGAGGCGUGUCCCGGAGCAGCAGCCUGAGGAGGACGGUUGGACGAGUCCUCCUCGCUGCUGGAGACCAGAGCCCCGCCCCCUCCCACUCUACAUCGUCUCUGACAUCAGCGGACUCUUCGUCGUCACAUCCAACACCUGCCAGCCCUGACCACGCCCCCUCUUCUUACCUGCCCACUCCCCGCACUCCUCCCUCAGGUGAGGUAGGGGGGCGGAGCUGUGAGGAGAUGGAGAAGCAGCCAGAGGGGGCGGAGCCUCUGCCUGGCCUGCUGUUUAUAUCUGUGGACUCUGAGCCCCGCCCCCCUCAGCACAGAGUCACCUUAGAGCCCUGCCCUGAAUCUGACAUGUACUCAGAGAGGAGUGUGAGGAGGAAAGUGGGCGGGGCGUCGCCGGACUUCUUGCUGCUGCGUCAGCGUGUGCAGCAGCUGCUGGAGCCUCAGCCGCUGCUCGCCGUGUUACCUCAUCACCUGCUGCUGCACGUGCUGCUGCUGCUGCCCACGCGCAGCCUCGCUGCGCUCAAGUGCACCUGCCGCUACUUCAGGUUCGUCAUCGACAACUACGGCGUGCGGCCCGCCGACUCGCUCUGGGUGUCCGACCCCCGUUACCGCGACGACCCCUGCAAGCAGUGCAAGAGGCGUUACGGGCGCGGCGACGUGUCGCUCUGUCGCUGGCACCACAAACCAUUCUGUCAGGCGCCGCCCUACGGACCUGGGUACUGGAUGUGCUGCCACGGCAACCGCAGGGAUACGCCCGGCUGCAACGUGGGUCUCCAUGACAACCGCUGGGUUCCUGCCUUCCACAGCAUUAAUGUGCCAAUUUGUAGGCGGAGCCACAAUGAUGACUGACUGACUGUGUGUGUGUGUGAGAGAGAGAUUGGGUUUUGUUUCGGAUGAAUGACAUCAUCGAUCAGAGUGGCAGUGUUAGCACCACCUGCUGGUCAACAUCAGUAACAGAGCAUGAGGAUCCCGACCAGGACUCCUCCUCCUCUGACGGUUCACCUGACUUCUCCCCCUCUGACUCUGUCAGGUCAGAGAUGUCACCUGACUCCUCCUCUGACUCCUCCCCCUCUGACUGUGGCUCACGGUGACGCUUUGUCUUGAUCGAUCUCUGGUCAGGUGAGUGAGGGGGCGGAACCUGUGCGUUUCUGAGAUGAUGCUGAUCAUCAUGCUGAUGAUUAAAAAAAGAGAGUUUUUAAUGUUUUUUGUUGGUUUUUUUUUCCUCUGUCAAAUAUUUUGACUUUAAUAAAGUUUCUUUUUCAUGUUUUUGUUUGAGGUUGGAAAAUAAAAAUGUAUUUUCUUUCAUUUAUGAAAAACCAGAGCUGUAAUAAUAAUAAUAAUAAUAAUAAUUCUACUUCAGCGGGUGUUUGUGGUUUAUGACGACAAUGCACUUUUAAAUAAAAGUAUCAAGACAAGGUUA